AUGGACGCCACGCAGCAGCAGGCGCAACAGCAGGCGCUUCCGGGUGCGCUGAGCUGGCGACUCAGUUCGCAUCCCAUCACGCUCUUGACGUUUCUAGGUUUCAGGAUCUCCAGCGUCGUCAUCUACUUUCUCGGUCUGUGGGUGAUAAAGAGCAUGAUUAUGAUCUUCAUCAUCACCAUACUCCUACUCGCCGCAGACUUUUACUACCUCAAGAACAUUGCUGGACGACGCCUGGUAGGCCUCAGGUGGUGGAACGAGGUAGACCCUUCCUCCGGGGACUCCAAGUGGGUGUUUGAGAGCAGCGACCCAGCUACCAAGACGAUAAACGCAACCGAUAGCAGGUUCUUCUGGAUGGCAUUGUACGUCCAGCCUGUGCUCUGGUUCGUCAUGGCCAUCUUAGCCCUUGUGCGUCUGCAGUUUCUGUGGCUGCCCCUCGUCGUCAUCGCCCUCGUCCUCACAAGCAUCAACACACUCGCCUUCUCCCGCUGCGACAAGUUCAGCCAGGCCUCCAACAUUGCCGGUGGCGCCUUCAGCGGAACCAACCUUGCCGGAAGCAUCGCCACAAACAUGGUCUCGCGCUUCUUCACGCGCGGUUAA